AUAGAUGAAAAAAUAUUCCAGAUUCUGCCAAAUAUUGAUGGUUUCAACUCGGUUGCCAGACUUGCCCCACUAGCUGAUGUAGAGGUCAACUCAGUCAGAGCUUGUAUCCAGAAUCUGGUUUAUCAUCAGGUUGUUGAGUUGGUGCCGAUAUUUCUGUACAGUAAUGUGUAUACAAUAACCCCAGAAUGGUCGGAACUUUGUAGAAAUCAGGACUUCAGAGAUAAAAUUCAGGAGUUUAAUAUCCUGGAUGCUCCUGUGCUACUGCAGGACUUAAUUAGAUUCAUCUCAUCCUUCACCUACGGUACAACAGUCAAAGAUAUUUGCUCAAGGAUGAAUCCAGGAAAGCUUGGGUUUGAUGAGAGAAGACUAAUUCAGUUUCUGGUCUUAAAGGGAGCUUUGAGGAGGGUUCACAAGUACCCAGUUUAUCAGGGGGAGAACGAGUGUACAGAAUCUUUGUACAGCUGGUUUACAGGAGAAUUCUCUACCGAUCAUAUAUCUAUCAAAACAGGUUUAUCCUCUCAAGAUCUAGAUUUCAGAAUCGAAGCAGAUCCUAAUAUAGUUUGUUUAUGGAAAUAAUGGAACCUGAGCUUAACAUUUUUUCACCUAUGAAAGUAAGAGAAAAAGAUCCUAAUAUAGUUUUCCUAUGGAAAUAAUGGAAUUUGUCGUCUAUGAAAGUAAGGGAAAAAUUUAGAUAACAAAACGAAGAAAAUUGAUCUUCAUUUUCAUUCUUUCCUAACUAUAUUUGUUUGUUUCGUGCUCUCCACAUGGGAAACUUUUCUUGAAAUAUAAAAAGUGGUGAUGUGAAAUAAACCUACUUAACGCUUCAGUAACAUACUUAGCUUUAUGUGUCUCCAUCAAAAGUUCGCAGCUCAGAUUUAGACGCAGAUUCAGAAAGCGUCACUUUUUAGAUAAAUCAAAAUUAAAUCUGUUUUAAUUAAAAAGGAUUUAACAGGUUCUACGAUAUCGUUUCAAAAAUUAUACAAUAUACAUUAUUGUAUACACUGAAUCAUAGUAUAACAGCAUUUUGUAUAACUAGAGGAUUGCCAAAAGUGCUGUGCUCGAAGUUCUAGUUUAAUGAAUUGAAAAAUUUACAUUUUUAUGACAUUUAUAUAUUUUCAGAAAA